UAUUUUAUUUGAUUUUGUUUUUCGUUUUUAUGUUUGGUUUUGGGUUCUGCACCUGUCACUGUUCCUUCCAUCUGAUUUCUCCCGCUUCAUCACCAACUUUACUUACAUGUUGUCCAUCAUGACGGUUGCUGCACCGCCUGUGGCACCCGUUCACGAAAAUGGUCUCAACGGCAAUGCCCCCGGACAUCACCAUGUCAAUAUGAGCUUGCCACGUUUCCAUCCAAUCGCAAUGAACCCGAGCCAGCCAGUGCAUCCUGAGCAAAUGAUGCCGAAUCAUUCUCAUUUCCGUCCUUUUCCUCCACCUCAUAUGCAAGAAGCAGGACUGCCAGGCCCAGCUCCUCAUCCUUCUCAUAUAGAUCAGAUUGAUGCUCGCUUGAGGCAAUUGGAACAUGAAGAAGCGGCUCGUAUGGCCGCUCGUAGCCAUCUCCUUGCUAUUCGAAAGCGAGAGGACGAAGAAUUCCGUAGGAUGACAGAGAGUGCCGAAGCCGAAGAAGAGGAACUUCGUAGGCAACGGAAACGAUUGAAGCGGGAAUCUAUGGGAUUGGGGUAUAAUGCAAGCAUGGACUCUCCGCCGCUUCGGCCGACGCCGCCCCGUCGUUUAUCAGAGACCAAUGCAGCUACCACCCUUGCAUUCUUCAAGCAGCAAAGUCCUCCAGAGCCUCGCCCCAUCCCUCCGCCGCCUGUGCAGGCACCGCCACCUCAUCCUCCACCUCAGCAUAUUCCCCAUGAUCCCACAGCCGGCACGAUUCGACGAAAGCAAAAAUACACCAUAAAAAAUGUCGAGGCUUGGGGUGAACGCCACGGACGACCUGCAGCGCACGACCCGUCUGGACGCGCAUUGUGGAAGCGGCCGUCGGAUGGUAGUUUAGUGUAUCUGACAUGCCCGGUCUCUGGCUGUGGAAAGGCCGACUUUGUGACUCUUCAUGGUUUCAUGUGCCACCUGACGAAGAAGCAUAAAGAUCGCAGUCUGGGUAGUCAAUCGAGGGCAUUGGAAGUUUGCGGGAUUGUCUAUGACCCUAGCGCUCCUCUUCCGCCGGUGGCUACCGUACAACGUGCAUCGACGGAAGAAAGUCGUGGUGAUUCGGCCCCCACAGAUCCCGAAGGCUAUCCCCAAGAGAUGGAAUACUCGUCCGCAUCGGAAGAUGAGGAGAGCCGGAAAAUUCCCGUGAAGACAGAGGCGGCAGAUCGGCCUUUACCAGCCCCGCCACUCUCUUUCCCCCACCCCUUGGAGGAGCCCUCGAAGGCACGGAAACUCAAUAAUUCUACAAAACAGUCGAUAUCUUCCAUUAUCGACCGCGAUCCAGAAGAUGAGCCCCGGGAGCGAGUAGCUUCCAUCCCGCCUCGCCCGGUUGAGCCUCUAUCGCAAACAUCCCCGGAGCACAAGCCGCCUCUUAUUGAGGAAGCGGAAAUGUCCCGGCCCGAUGAACGAAAUCAAGUCCUAAGUGAGACGAAGGAUACGACCGAAUCAAAAUAAUAACAAUCGAUCUUAUUCUUAAUACGGUCUAUUGCGCCAUUUAAAAUACGCAGAACUUGCAUUUGCAUCCUACGAGCAUCAGCUUUAGCUUUUUUGUCUCCUUUGCAGCUGCGUGAAUACCCUUCUAUGCAUUCCUGGGUGGCUUUUGUCUAAUGCUUUUUUUUUCUAAUCGCCGUUUCCUUCUAGUAAUGUAAUGUCUUUUCCAUCAUUGCUGGUCAUUUUGUUCCCUGGGCGCUGGCCGACUUGCGUCUAUUCCUUUUACCUGUGUCAUUUUGAUUUCACAUAGUCGAUACUCACGAUAUAAACCGAUCUAUAUCUAUGCCCUGGGUGACCCUUGUCGGUCACCGGGAAACACUGCUGUGAUGCUGGUGCUGUAU